AGAGGUUUUCUUGGGCUGAGUCUCAGCCCUGGCUAGAGAGAGUGAUGAAUGGUGGUUCUGGUGGGGCGGGGGAGAUCCCAAGCUUUGGUUUCUUCGUCAUUGUGAGGGCUCUGCUGCCUUAACACUGAUUCCUUGGGUGCCAGAGAGCUACACCCAUAAUCUUUGUCUCGGAAGACUGACCAUCAACUCUCCUAAGGAGGUUGUCUGAUGGAUUGAUUCAGAAAGGAAGAAGGCUGGUUAUUAAUAGAAGGGGAAAGAGGGAGAUGCCUCACCACUAUCCUCAGGAUUUCAAAUAUUGAGAAGAAAGAACAUCAGGAGCUAAAUGUUCUAUUUAAACCAGUAGUUGCUGCUCAGAAAAUACAUUAAUAUGCAGACCCUAAGUCAGUGGUUUAUAUGUUCUUCAUGCAAGAGCAAUGCACUAAAGGAGAGAAGUAAGCUGUGUUGAUCAGUGACUGGUGAAGACAGAAAGUUGAAACCGAUUUGCAGAUGAUAUACAACUUCUAAGCAUGAUAGACAAGAGUUCUUGAAUUCGGCCCCCCCCCACCAAAGAUGAAAAACACUAGAUUUAAUAUUUAAAAAACCUUCAUUAUGAGUGGAUGAACCUAUAAGAAAAUAAGGGAAACUUUUUGUGGCUUGAAACAGAAGAAGUACAUCCUGUGAGCAUUCUGUAUUGGAAGAAGAGAUUUCUAUAGAUGAAAAAGAUGCCUUUGUUUAGUAAAUCACACAAAAGUCCAGCAGAAAUCGUGAAAACUCUGAAAGACAAUUUGGCCAUUUUGGAAAAGCAAGACAAAAAAACAGACAAGGCUUCUGAGGAAGUGUCGAAAUCACUGCAAGCAAUGAAAGAAAUUCUGUGUGGUACAAAUGACAAGGAGCCUCCCACAGAAGCCGUGGCUCAGCUCGCACAAGAGCUCUAUAACAGUGGCCUGCUGGUGACAUUGAUUGCUGACCUACAGCUGAUAGACUUUGAGGGAAAAAAAGAUGUGACCCAGAUAUUUAACAACAUCCUGAGAAGACAGAUAGGCACUCGGAGUCCUACUGUGGAGUAUAUUAGUGCUCAUCCUCAUAUCCUGUUUAUGCUCCUCAAAGGAUAUGAAGCCCCACAGAUCGCCUUACGUUGUGGGAUUAUGCUGAGAGAAUGUAUCCGACAUGAACCACUUGCCAAAAUCAUCCUCUUUUCUAAUCAGUUCCGAGAUUUCUUUAAGUAUGUGGAGUUGUCAACAUUUGAUAUUGCUUCAGAUGCCUUUGCUACUUUUAAGGAUUUACUAACGAGACAUAAAGUGUUGGUUGCAGACUUCUUAGAACAAAAUUAUGACACUAUUUUUGAAGACUAUGAGAAAUUGCUUCAGUCUGAGAAUUAUGUGACUAAGAGACAAUCUUUAAAGCUGCUAGGUGAACUGAUCCUGGACCGACACAACUUUGCCAUUAUGACAAAGUACAUCAGCAAGCCGGAGAACCUCAAACUGAUGAUGAACCUCCUUCGAGAUAAAAGUCCCAACAUUCAGUUUGAAGCCUUCCAUGUCUUUAAGGUGUUCGUGGCCAGUCCUCACAAAACACAGCCUAUCGUGGAGAUUCUAUUAAAAAAUCAACCCAAACUCAUUGAGUUUCUGAGCAGCUUCCAAAAGGAAAGGACGGACGAUGAGCAGUUCACGGAUGAGAAGAACUACCUGAUUAAACAGAUCCGGGACUUGAAGAAAACCACCCCUUGAGGGGCUCACCCACCCUCCUGCCACAGUCACCGUGUCAUUUGUUUGUACAGAAAAUGUCAUUUGAAAAAGUCAUUGUUCUUGGGAAGGUUUUGGAGGUGCCUGUUUUUUCUCAAUUCAUUGUUCAGGGUAGAUGGAAUAUAAACAUUUGAAUGAAAAAUGAUUAACCUAGAAUAAUGUAUUCAUUUGAAUCAAGUCUGGGAUGAUUUAUGUCAAAUCAGAGCCAUUGUAUUAGAUGUUGAUAAACACAGUUUUAACCCUUUGUUGGCAAAAGGCAGCAGGGUCAUGGGCUUGCAGAUCUGAGCCCUGGGUCAGCACAGGCUACCGAGUAGAAGCCCAAAGCACGGGCAUCCCUGAGCCCUCAAAAUUAAGUUCUCAGAGGAGAACUGGCCGUGGGGGCGAGAGGCGCAAAACCAUCCCGCCUAUCUGCACUUGGACACUCAGUUUUGUCAAGGCGCUGAGAGAGCUAGUGAAGUAAGGUCCACGUUUUCAGUCGUCCUUGUUCCCUGCCUGUGUGCUCGGACUGUAGCUAACUUGCUAGGGAAGCACAGCCCUCCUCUCCCUCACUGUCCAAGCCCUGUCGCAGUGGCUCUCCUCAGCACCCGACUUCCUGGGGCACCCCCUGCAACCUCCAGCCUGGUUAGCGGUUAGUGGGGGACCAGCCUAGCAAAGGGAGGAUGCAUCAGCAGGAGUCACAGGGACUUGGGGACCCGUGGGUAGGACCUGCUCACAGAUGGUGAGGCCGGGGGCACUGCUGUUUCACACAGGCUCCUGGAGGGUUAGGGAAUGUUUGGAAUAAUUCGACUGUUCCUCAUUGUCAUUAUGGGAAAAAUUUUUUGUGGUGAAAGUUGUUUUAGAGUAGGAAUCACGCACUGGGAUGCCUGGCAUGUACAAAACUGUGGGUCUAGAGGGUAAGACCCGCUUCUAUAAAGAAGGGAACUUGCCAUUGGAAGGGCAAAUGAGUAAAUGUGUGCAAAAAACUCUUAAAUGACCAAAAGUUAUCUUUUUUUAUCUUUAUAAUUAUUUUCUAAUUAGCUGCCACUCUGAUUUCCCAUCAAAGUUUUCGGCAACAAGGUAGAAACCCUACAAAAUUUUGGUCUCAAAUAUUCUGUUGCAUACCCGUAUGAUUAAGGGACUUAAUUUGUGUUCUUUUAAAAAAAAAAAGGCAUGGGCCAACAACAAAAAAGGUUAUGGUUUGUUUUUAGACCUCAAGUGUGUGGAAUGAAAUCUUAAAGCUAUAUUUGCAAGACAUUAGGGGUAUAAUGAUUAAUGUGUAUUUUUCGUAUCUUUCUAAAUCGUGAGGGGUCACCUUCCAUCAGGACCCACACUUCAUACGACACCGUGUGCCGUGUUCUUCAGUGGGCAUUUCUCCACCAGAGAGGGAAGGAUGCCUCUCCAGGGAUCCUCCUCUGGGCUCCGUGCCCUCUGUCGCUUUUGUAUGUGAAGGAUUACCUGGCAGGGGUCCACCCUUCUUGGCAGGGGCGCAGGUCCAUGUGGUUCUGGGCCCAGCGUGGAGUCCUGAGGCCAACGGAGAGGGGCCUGUGGGACCUCUCACAGCAGCUCUGGCCAGUGCCGGCGCGGACGGCCACCCCCACCCGGCGGCGCAUUCGAGGACCUUCGUUCUUUAGCUGACUGAAGUCAGCUUAUUUUUAUAACAUUCCCGGACAGUCCAGGCUCUCCUAGAAUUUGACUUUUCUGAUUUUGCUUAUUUGAUUCAAAGAGAGGACUGUAAACAUUCAAAAAGAGAGAGAGAAGCCCUAUAAUCAUUGGAAAUUUAUUUGGCUGCUAAUACUGUUCUGCAACAUCUUAGGACACAUGUUUCCAUUUGGAAAGCAAUGCCUUGUUGUAAUUCUUUUUUGAUAAAUAAAAUGUUUUAUUUCCUCUGGGCGUGAA